CUCAGAGGGGGCACAAUGUGGCCAGCAUGGGAUUCUGAUAAGAAAAGGGAAAAGGCAGAAAGGCAAGGACUUUGAGAACAGCAGAACCAGUGACGGCAAAAGGGCUCCAGCUUGCCUCAGCUCCAAGAAGUAAAAGGUCAAGUACAGGCAGGUUUUGGCUCACAUUUGGAUAUUGUCUCUCAGCAAAGGGUCGCAGGUUCAAAGCAAUCUUGGGGCUGCUUCUUUACAAAGAGAGCAGAGAGGUGGAGUUGAUGGGUCCCAUUCACUGAACUGGAUUAAAGAGGCUGAGGCUGCAGAUAUAUCAGGUGCCAACAGUGCCUGAUGGGCUGUAGAGUAAGUGUGGCUUGCCUGGGGAAUGAAUUUUGCACAGUACCACUGGAUCAUCAUCAUCAUUUGAUACAAGACGAGGCUGAGAUCAUGAUUCAGGCUGACAAGAGUUCGUCUGGAGGAUUGGCUGUUGGACAAGCUGAGCCUGAAAACCUUGCUUCGAGUUCUCACACUUUCAAAAACAAGACCUUUAAAAAACAUAAAGACUGUAGUAUCUGCAAACAAGCCAUUGACAGCCAAGGCAUUUCCUGCAGAGUUUGCAAGUAUGCCUGCCACAAGAAAUGUGAAGCAAAGGUGGUGAAACCCUGCUUCCUGCCAAUCAACUACGAACUGCCUGAUAACUCUGAGACCUUUAUGAGUCAUGUAACCAGAACUACUUCUGGCAGUUUUUCAAAAAGCUCAUCUUUCUGUUGUGACAAAGUAUCACAAAGUGCAGACUUUGAUCACAUUAUGGAGGAAGGCUAUGAACUUGACCUGACUUACAUCACUGAGCGAAUCAUUGCUGUAUCCUUCCCUGCCAGCUGUUCAGAGGAAACGUAUGUGCACAACCUGCAAGAUGUAACCCGAAUGCUCAAAUCCAAACAUGGAGAUAAUUACCUGGUGUUAAACCUUUCUGAAAAAAGAUAUGACCUUACCAAGCUUAACCCAAAGAUUAUGGAUGUGGGUUGGCCUGACCUUCAUGCACCUCCCCUUGAUAAGAUGUGCAGCAUCUGCAAGGCUAUGGAAUCAUGGUUGAACAGCGACCCUCAGCAUGUGGUGGUGAUCCAUUGCAGAGGUGGAAAAGGAAGGAUAGGAGUAGUGAUAUCAUCAUAUAUGCACUUCACCAAUGUUUCUGCCAGUGCUGAUCAGGCUCUAGACAGAUUUGCUAUGAAGAAAUUCUUCGAUGAUAAAGUUUCAACUUUAAUGCAGCCAUCCCAAAAAAGAUAUGUGCACUUCUUAAGUGGCCUUCUGUCUGGAUCUGUGAAAAUGAACACGACUCCACUCUUCCUGCACUUUGUCAUCCUUCAUGGCAUCCCAAGCUUUGAUGCUGGAGGAGUUUGUCGCCCCUUUCUAAAGAUCUACCAGGCUAUGCAGCCAGUUCAUACAUCAGGAAUAUACAGUGUAGGGCCAGAAAAUCAAAGCAGAAUCUGCAUUGCUAUUGAGCCAGCCCAGCUACUGAAGGGAGAUAUUAUGCUGAAGUGUUAUCACAAAAAAUAUCGAUCGGCCACCCGUGAUGUCGUUUUCCGCCUGCAGUUUCACACAGGUGCCGUUCAGGGUUAUGGUCUGGUAUUUGGCAAAGAGGACUUGGACAAUGCUAACAAAGAUGACCGCUUCCCUGAUUAUGGGAAAAUUGAAUUGGUUUUUUCAGGAACCCCCGAGAAAAUCCAAGGAUGUGAACAUCUGACGAAUGACCAUGGAAUGAUUGUUGACUACAAUACCUCAGAUCCACUGAUCCGCUGGGAUUCCUAUGAAAACAUGAGCCCUGAUGGUGAAGUGCUCCACACUCAGGGUCCUAUUGAUGGCAGUCUUUAUGCUAAAGUGAGAAAGAAGAGCUCUUCAGAUACUGGCAUCCCCAGUGGAGCCCAGGGGGUUCCUGUGAUCAGCAGCCCUGAUCACAGUGACCAUACUCUAUCUGUCAGCAGUGAUUCAGGACACUCAACAACUUCUGUAAGGACGGACAAGACUGAGGAGCAUCCAGCACCGGGAAUCAAGCGGGGCUUGAGCCCACAAGAGAAGGCAGAGCUGGACCAGCUACUUAGUGGUUUCGGCCUAGAAAACUCAGUCAGUCCCCUCAAGGAUAUGACUGAUUCCCAAAGCAAGUACAGUGGGACUCGUCACAUAGUGCCAGCUCAGGUUCAUGUGAACGGACACACCAAACUGAAAGAUAGAGAGACGGAUAUUCUGGAUGAUGAGAUGCCCAGCCAUGACCUUCACAGUGUGGACAGCAUUGGGACACUGUCCUCCUCUGAAGGGCAGCACUCAGCCCACCUUGGAAACUUCAGCUGCCACAAGAGCAGUCAGAAUUCGCUGCUCUCGGAUGGCUUUGGAAGCAACGCUGGAGAGGACCACCACAAUGCUCUGGCCCCAGACCUGGGAAUAGGUGUGGACCCCCUGUAUGAGAGAUCAUUUGGAAGUGGUGAGCCUAAACAAUCCCAGCAGCUGCAAAGGAAUCCUCCUGCUUCCGCUCAGCCUCAGGCUUAUGGCCCUAGUAACUACUCUACCCAGACUUGGGUGCGCCAACAGCAGAUGGUCACUGCUCACCAAUACACCUACUCCCCUGAGAGUGAAGUAAGGCUUGGCAUUUCUAGCACUGUAGAGAAUUCAGGCAAUGUGCAGAGCCAACCCAGAAUCCCUGACACACCUACCCGGGGAUCCAGCAGCAGAGACGCUGUGCAGCGGGGGAUAGGGACUGUGCCAAGUUCCAGUGAAGUAGCAGAACAUCCAGUGCCUGAGGCUUUUAAAUCCAGAUUAGUAGCUGAGAAAGACACAAAUGGCCUGUCUUUAGGAGUGAAUGUCGAGGACCUGCCAUCCUCUCCUACUCUGGAUAUUGAUCAGUCAAUUGAGCAGCUGAAUCGGCUGAUCUUGGAACUGGACCCUACAUUUGAACCUAUCCCAACUCGCAUGAACACAGUCUCCAGGGACACGAGUCAAGUGAAUGGCUUCACCAGCCCUGAUGGGGAUGUGGGAGGGCUCAACAUGAGCCCUGGGUUCCGUGAGAAAGGAGAGGUCACAAACAGGAAUCUUUCCCGGAAUGGUUCACCAGGAGACGAGUCAGGGGGAAGAAUAAGGAAGUUAAGUCUUGGACAGUAUGACAAUGACGUUCCAGGGCAGCCAUCGUAUACCAGAUGUGGCUGGAUGAAAUCUACUGCUAUAGACCAAGCUGUAAAUCCAGGAUCACUAAUUGCUGAAGGGGAAACCAAAGAGAUGGAUGUGGCACGUUACCAAGAAGACCUAGAUGAAAUAGACAGGGGAAUCUUCUCACCAACCAAAAAUGGGAAUGAAGCUGUUCCACCAACCCCAGCUUUUCCAGUGUCACCAGAGACACCAUAUGUGAAAUGCCCCCCACAUUACCGCCAAAUGAGUCCAUCUGGCCAACAGAUCAGUAGCCUGCCUGAGAUGUACAGAACUGGGCAUGAAUCUCGAAGUUACACGGAAGGCCUUAACCACUCGGUUGUGAUGACUGACAGCACCAUGGGCACCAAUCCCGCUUUGCGGAGGACUGACAUACAGACAGCUCCUUCGUGUCAGCGGCCUUUUGUAUCUGCAUGCGCCAUUUCCAGUAACAGCCCCAUCCCAACCGGAGAAAGCCCUUCUGCAACUGAAUGCCACUGGGUAGAAAGCAACGCUAAGUCCACCGCUUCACCCCAGCUCACAGCAGGCCUACAGGGGAACAUCAGGCCUACAGGAAAUUACCUUGUGUCCUCAGAAUUUUCAAGCCCCAUUCAGGACAGCUCGCUCUUGUCCCAUUUCCAUUCCCCAGGAUUGCAAGUCAUCUCUUUGAACAGCCGAGAGGAUUCGUCCUUAGACCAGCAACAAGAACCUGCUGCCCAUCCCAGUGCCCGAGCCUACCUGAACUAUGGUGGGACCAGCGUAAGCAGUAGCCCACCACUGGAGGAGAAACAAUCUGUUUUCAUGGCCAAUACUAGCAGCUCUCCCAAAACUAUGAGCUCACCACUGGCAAGUACAGCAGACAAUGGCUUUUUGGCCCACAACUUGCUUACAAUGGCCUCUAGACACAAUAGCCAGAGCAGCACAAUUCAACAGCACCAUGGAAUGAACCUGCACCCACAGCCACCUCUUCCAGAGAAGAAGAGGACUUCUGAAGGAGACCGUUCUUUUGGCUCCAUCUCUCCUUCUUCAAGUGGCUUCUCCAGCCCUCAUAGUGGGAGCACAAUCAGCAUUCCAUUCCCAAAUGUCCUUCCAGACUUUUCAAAAGUUUUAAGCACUUCUCCUUUGCCAGAAAACCCAGGCGAUAAACACGUGACCGUAAAAUUUGUCCAGGAUACAUCCAAGUUCUGGUACAAGCCAGAUAUUUCAAGAGAACAAGCCAUUGCCGUUCUGAAGGACAAGGAACCAGGGUCGUUCAUUGUUCGAGACAGCCAUUCUUUCAGGGGAGCCUAUGGCCUGGCAAUGAAAGUUGCUACACCUCCUCCUUCAGUGCUGCAGUUAAACAAGAAAGCUGGGGAUUUGUCAAAUGAGCUUGUCAGGCAUUUUCUGAUUGAAUGCACCCAUAAAGGAGUGCGAUUGAAAGGAUGUCCAAAUGAGCCAUAUUUUGGGAGUUUGACAGCUUUGGUGUAUCAACAUUCCAUUACUCCUCUGGCAUUACCCUGCAAACUACUUAUCCCAGACAGAGAUCCCUUGGAGGAGAUUGCAGAAACAGCUCCACAGACUGCUGCAAACUCGGCAGCAGAGCUCCUAAAGCAGGGUGCAGCAUGCAAUGUUUGGUAUCUGAACUCUGUGGAAAUGGAGUCCCUCACAGGCUAUCAGGCAGUGCAGAAGGCCCUGAGCAUAACACUGAUGCAAGAUCCUCCUCCCAUCUCUACUGUUGUCCAUUUCAAGGUGUCUGCUCAGGGGAUCACACUGACAGAUAAUCAAAGAAAACUCUUUUUCCGAAGACAUUAUCCAGUGAACACUGUUAUCUUCUGUGCUUUGGAUCCACAGGACAGAAAAUGGAUGAAAGAGGGACCUUCUGCAAAAGUGUUUGGAUUUGUUGCAAGGAAGCAAGGCAGCGCCACAGAUAACGUGUGCCACCUGUUUGCAGAGCAUGAUCCAGAGCAACCUGCCAGUGCCAUUGUGAACUUUGUAUCAAAGGUCAUGAUUGGUUCCCAGAAGAAAAUCUGAAUGCUUCCUAGCCUUUGGUUCAGAGCUCUUCACUGACUUCAGGGAAAGCAGCGUGGGAGAGAAAGUAUUCUUGGGAGUUUGCAGCUACAUUAUCCAAACCUAACUGUUCCCAAGAAGGAAAGCAGAGGAUGUUCCAUCUGCAUAACGUUACAAAGAAUGUGAUCCUUUCUUUGAAGAUGCCUCUGACCUAUCAAAGCAUUGUGUUUUUACAUCAAAGGGCAAAAUUGUGAGUGAAUGCAGUUGGAUGCCACCAAAACCUGCAUAAUCCAUAUCUGAAUUAAACAGAGAAGACAGGCUUUAUAGUGCAGGGUUUUAAUUAUAUUUUCACGCACCAUUUUCCAUCCUGUACCAGAAAAGGAAGAAUUUGCCAACUCAUUUGAUCAUGCCUUUUUUUUUUUUUUCUAUAGGAAAAUUUAUUAGAACCACAUGCAUUCUCUUACUUAGACACUUGCCACAGUUGCAUCAGUGGUAGCUAUAGCCCUGGCAAACCAAUGCUCUUAAGAGAGUGGUGGUUUGUGAAGGACCAUUUGCUCUUCCCUUCAUCUUUAUAUGACAAUGGUGGAAGUUGACUGAGAAGGGGGAAGAUGUACGUUAGGGAAGGUUAGUGCAGGUUGAUUUCUUUUAAGAAGGGUGCAGAGACAUGGAUUUUUCAGGGAGAUUACUCCAUGUUUAGUAUAAAGAAGGCUGAGUUUAUUUAGCUUGUAUAAUUUUAAAUGGGAGAGGGAUAACUAAAAAGAGUUGUGUGGAGAAAGAUUGAUGUAUUCUGUUAAUGGUGUUUUUGUUGUUAUUUUUAUAUGAAGAGUUAAGCAGGAAAGAUGCUGUAUUUUAAUAAUCACAGGAUAAAAAUGAGGGAAAAGCAAAGAAGAAAAUGAUUUUAUAUAAUUUAUAUUUUUGCCUCUGCCAGAUUAUUUAUAGUAGAUAUCAAAUCUUGAUAUAUUAUGAGUGUUCUUAUAGUAAAGCCAUUUAUGAUCUUUGCCUUCUUAGUUUUAUUUUGCAUAAGUAUAGUAUGUCGCACGUGCCUUUCUAUAGAGUUUCUUAUUUAGACUCCUGUUUUACAGUAUUAAACCACUUCCCAGCUCAUGUAUCUCUGAAAUAAUGCUUUGACUAUGAAAUCGGUCCUCCUGCCUCAUAGUUUCUUACAUACAUAGGUACUUUUUGACAGAUUUUUUUUUAAUGAAAGGUGGGGUUUUGUUUUUUGUUGUUCAAUUUGUGUGGAUUGGUGUUAAAUUUUAUAAGUGAAUUUUUAAAAUAAUUUCUUGAGUCAAGAAAGCCAAAGGGAAAAGAAUAUUUUUUGUUACUCUUACCCAUGUCCAAGACAGUCUGUCACACGUGUCCUUCAUAUGACCAAGUAAACCAACAUAGUGGCAUCUGUAUUUUAUAAAACUAAACGUUAUUCUGUAGUUAGUUUUAUAACAUAAAUAUAUAUACACCUCUACCCUGAUAUAACGCUGUCUUCGGGAGCUAAAACCACGUUAGAGGUGAACCACUGUAACCACGUUAGAGGUGAAACUGCUUUAUAUCGAACUUGCUUUGAUCCGCCAAAGUGCACAGCCUCGCCCCCCCCAAGCACAGCUUUCCCAUAUUAUAUCCAAAUUCAUGUUAUAUCGGGUCAUGUUAUAUUGGGGUAGAGGUGUACUAUAUAGUAGGGUAGGUAACUUGUAAUAAUUCUCUGUGAGAGCGGAGGGCCCAUUUGAAGUCUAUUGCAAAAUUCCCAUUCACCCAGAGGGAACAGGAUCAGACCCAGAAACAGGAAUUGGAAGUUACAGACAAAUGAAAUUCCCAAUUGUUUGACAUGCCAAACAUUUCUGUUUCUUCGGUUUGAGGGCCAAAUCUACACAUCAGUGACCUGAUGUAUAAAAUGGUGCAGUGUUCUGUGCACACAGUCACAAGACACAGUGGGCUGAGUGGUAACUAUCCCUAUUUUCAGACUUAAAUUGCAUCAGUCUCUUUUUACUAGACAAUAGUUAGGCGGGGUAGGAAAAAUUAUAGAGUUGGCUUAAAUAAGAUUCCCACCUAUCCUGAUCCAGAAACCAUUUGCGUGUGUGUGUGUGUGUAUACACACACA